AUGCAAUUCAUUUCCACCUCACCUGAAAGUGUGCUAAACGGAAAGAGGAGAGACUGGGUGACAAACAAUUCAACCAUUAGAUUAAUAGCUGUAGAUGAACCCUACACAGUGUUACAUUGGGGAGAGUCUGCGAGCGAGGAAGACCCUUUCAGACGUCGGUAUGGUCGAUUAAGGGAACUGCGAAGCCUUGUGGAAUGUCCUGUAAUUCUAAUGACUGCCACAGCAAAUUCAGCUGCCAGGAAAACCUUACAAAGGAAAUUUUGUAUGACAGACCGUUUAGAAAUUAUAGAGAACCCAGACAGGAACAGUAUAAAAUUAUUUUUACAGUGUGGUAGGUAUCAGAUGUACAAAUAG